GUUGGGAAAGCUGAACCGGCGGACAUAGUCGUCCGUGCUCGGGCGGGGAGAGACGAAGCAAGUAACAAACAGCACUGGAGCGAAGAAAACUUGGGGAAGCCUCGAGUUAGGCAACAUGCUAUGUUGAAAAUAAUCAAAGGGGCAAAGACGGUGUCUGCUGCUGGCCAGCAUUCGUCCAAACCCGCCUCGCUCGACUCUCUCUAGCUUUCUCUUUCCUCCUCCGCUCCGUAUCUCUUCCGCUCAAGAGCGAAUCACGUUCCGACCUAUGCCCGAAAUCCUUGUGUAUUCCGGAUUCUUUUGGCGCCGGGAAGAUGGAGUUCGGCGGAGGGUUUCGUUCGACCUCGAACCAACGACGAGCAACGUAUAAGCCAGGCAGCUCUGUUGGGGGAGUUCUUUUGGAGAGGAGUCAAAGAUGGUAUUUUGCUUUGGAAUUGUAUUUACUGCUUGGUUGGAUUCAGGGUUCGAGAUUUUAGACACGGCACUCUCUGUUUGGCAACAAACUGGCCGCGGCGACAAUGUUGUUGCAACUUUCGCUCUAUCGCGUUUUCUCUUCUUCCUCCUUCUUCUUUUGUCUUUCUUUUUUGGGUGCCUAUUUUCAGGCGCACGGCAAUGGGUGGUGGUAUUGUUUCGGAAAGAAUGGAAUCGCCUCACGGCAGACCUGUAUUAUCCUGCUCUUGCUGCGUUCCUCUGUAUCUGGCUGGCUUCAUUGACUUGGUAUGUUCUCCUGCAAGAUGGCGUCGGCAACUCGCCCAUGUCUCUCUGUAUCUGGGGUCUUCUCUCGGUCGGGUAAACGGGGCUUGCCUGCUCGGCUGGUUCUGCAGGGAGUCUUUCGCGUGCGCGUUGCAAAAAUGCAGUAAUACGGUGGUGUUUUUUUGACUGCGAGAUGGUUCGGACAAGAGGCAAGGACGAGCUCGACAGCAGAGGUUAAUAGCGAUUUUUGUUGAAGCGGCUUGAUCCAUCAAUCAAAUCAAAUCAAAUCAAACAAUGUUAACCGUAUUGACCUUGCGUAUGGAAACACUUGCGUAUGGAAACACGCAUCGUGCGCUGAGGAAGCACGAGGGCAUCUAGGGAGCAAUCGGAUGGACAUGAUUGAUAUGAUUCAAUGUAUUGCAUUCGCCAGGCAAACAGUCAGAGGUCAGAAAUUCCGU